AUGGCGACCUUCCCACCUUUGAACAUCCCUCCAGAGCUCCUGCAGGAGCUCUCGAAAUACACUACCCCGACAGGCAUUGCUGAUUAUGCCGCCUUAGCCGUUCUAGGUGGACUUGGAGCAACAUAUCUCGCGAAAGGUCGAUUAUGGGACAAGCCAGAUCCUCUCGAAUAUCUCUUGUACGAGCGACCUCAGCUCAAGAAUGGCGGACAGGCCGGUUCGGCCAACCAAGAGACUCGCAACAUCGCACAGAAGAUGGAAGAAACUGGGAAGAAUAUUGUGGUAUUUUGGGGAUCCCAGUCUGGCACGGCAGAAGGCUUUGCCCAUCGUCUUGCUCGGGAGAUCUCUGUUCGCUGGGGCCAGGAGGCAAUGACUGCUGACCUGUCGGACUACGACCCCGUCACUAUCAGUGAAAUCCCUGUCUCCAACUUGGCCAUCUUCGUUGUUUCGACCUACGGCGAGGGCGACCCCAGCGAUAACACCGCCGAAUUCUGGAGCUGGAUCUCCAGGACCACCGAUGUGUCGCUUGCCAACCUGCGGUAUGCCGCCUUUGGGCUGGGAAACACCAACUAUAAGUUCUAUAACAAAGUGGUCGACUUGGUUGUCGAGGGCCUGGACAAGCUCGGCGCCGGGGCUCUGAUGCCUGUUGGAAAGGCAAAUGACGCUGAAGGUGCGACCGAAGAAGACUUCAUGGCAUGGAAAGAAGACCUCUUCGCCGUCUUCAAGGACAAACUUGGUUUCCAAGAGGUGGAGGCCAAAUAUAUUCCGAGCCUGAAGGUCGAAGAAGAUGACUCCCUCGAGCCUAUCGACCUACACCACGGCGAACCGAACAAUCGCAAUGAAGCCCCCAAAGCUGCAGCCCAGUCUUCAGCCAUCCGUACACUCAGCAUUACCGAUUCCAGAGAAUUGUUCACCUCUUCUGACCGCCACUGUCUUCACAUGGAUGUGGAUCUGUCUAGCCAGCCUGAACUGAGCUACAAGACUGGAGAUCAUCUCGCCAUUUGGCCUGGUAACCCAGACGUUGAGGUUGAACGUCUGCUCGGCGUGCUGGGCAUUUCUGCGCGCCGCGAUAUCCCACUCAUCAUCAGAGCGCUUGACCCAGCAAGCAAAAUCACCAUUCCAACCCCUACCAGUGCCAAUGCUGUGUUCCGCUACUAUCUCGAGAUCUGCGCUCCCGUUAACCGCGAUACCAUUCGCGAUCUUGCGCAAUUCGCACCUACCCCCGAAGCAAAGGCCUACCUCCUCCGACUGGGCCAAGAUAAAGAAGUCUACGCUAGUUUCAUCAGUCGCACCCAUGUCAACAUCGGGCGUUUGAUGCAACUGGCCUGUCCGGACAAGACAUGGGACAACAUCCCACUUUCCUACCUCGUUGAGACAUUGGCACACAUUAAGCCCCGAUUCUAUUCCAUCUCAUCAAGCAGUGCCGUUUCACCUCGCAAGCCAUCCAUCACAGCGAUUGUCUCAUCAACUGCCCUUCCGGACAACCCAGACGAGCUCAUCCACGGCGUCACUUCCAACUACCUUCUUGCCAUCUCCCAGCAAGCUCGCUCCCAACAGCAUCCCAGUGGAAUUACCUACCACCUCAAUGGUCCCAGCGAUGCCCUCCAAGGCGGAAAGAUUUUCGCUCACAUUCGCCGAAGCAAGUUCAAGCUCCCGGCUCUGGGAAAGACACCUCUUAUCAUGGUUGCUGCAGGAACAGGUAUCGCGCCUUUCCGCGCCUUUUUAUCCGAGCGUUGCCAGGUGUUGAAGGUUGGCAAGGAAGUCGGUCCGAUGAUUCUCUUCUUUGGAUGUCGCAACCCAGAAGAAGAUUAUAUCUACCGUGAGGAGUUGGAGGAAAUGCAAGCAGCAUUGGGCGGCCGUCUGCAGAUUGUGACCGCUUUCUCUCGAGCAGAGGGGACGCCGCGCCGAUAUGUCCAAGACCGGGUUGGUGAGCUUGGAAACGAUGUGAUGCGACUCAUCGAGGAUGGUGGUAACUUCUACCUCUGUGGUCGCGCUGGCAUGGCCCGUGAAGUGGAGAAGGUUGUUGGCAAGACCAUGAAGGAGGCCAAAGGAUGGAGUGAUGAUGAGGUGAAUGCUUGGAGCAAGUCCAUCAAGAAGAAGAACAAGUGGCAGGAAGAUGUUUGGGGAUAG